AUAUUAGUGCCCCAUAAAAUAUAUAUAAUGUAUAUUUCUUUUCUUCUCUCUCUAUAAAUCGCUCUGUUGUUAGUAUAGAUUUCUGAUACAUAAGAAUCGCCUUCCUCUCCGUUUAGAGUCUUUUGAGCUUUCCAAUCAUGGGAGGUGACAAAGGAAUUACGCUUGAGCAGAUCAAGAAUGAGAGCGUCGAUCUGGAACGGAUUCCCAUGGAGGAAGUGUUUGAACAAUUGAAAUGUACCAGAGAAGGACUGUCGUCGGACGAAGGAGCCCAGCGACUUCAAGUCUUCGGACCAAACAAAUUGGAAGAGAAAAAGGAGAGCAAGAUUCUGAAGUUUUUGGGCUUUAUGUGGAAUCCUUUGUCCUGGGUCAUGGAAGCUGCUGCUUUGAUGGCUAUUGCCUUGGCAAAUGGUGGUGGAAGGCCUCCGGAUUGGCAGGACUUUGUUGGUAUUAUUGUCUUGUUGAUCAUCAACUCAACAAUCAGUUUCAUUGAAGAAAACAAUGCUGGUAAUGCAGCAGCAGCCCUCAUGGCUGGUCUUGCUCCAAAGACUAAGGUUCUUAGAGAUGGUCGAUGGAGUGAGCAAGAUGCUGCAAUUUUGGUUCCUGGAGACAUUAUCAGCAUCAAGUUGGGGGAUAUUGUUCCUGCAGAUGCCCGCCUUCUCGAGGGUGAUCCUUUAAAAAUUGAUCAAUCUGCUCUAACUGGAGAGUCUCUUCCUGUCACUAAACAUCCCUCAGAAGAAGUGUUUUCUGGCUCAACUUGUAAGCAAGGUGAAAUUGAAGCAGUUGUGAUUGCCACUGGUGUUCACACCUUCUUUGGCAAAGCUGCCCAUUUGGUGGACAGCACUAACCAAGUUGGACACUUUCAGAAAGUUCUCACUGCUAUCGGUAACUUCUGCAUUUGUUCCAUUGCUGUUGGUAUAGUAAUUGAGUUAAUAGUUAUGUACCCUAUCCAAGACCGCAAAUAUAGGGAUGGAAUUGACAAUUUGCUGGUUCUCUUGAUCGGAGGAAUUCCUAUUGCCAUGCCAACUGUUUUGUCUGUCACAAUGGCCAUUGGUUCCCACAGGCUCUCUCAGCAAGGUGCUAUUACCAAAAGAAUGACAGCCAUUGAGGAAAUGGCUGGCAUGGAUGUCCUCUGUAGUGACAAGACAGGUACUCUAACCCUGAACAAGUUGACGGUUGACAGAAACCUAAUUGAAGUGUUUGCAAAAGGCGUGGAGAAGGAGCAUGUUAUGCUUCUUGCAGCUAGGGCGUCAAGGAUUGAAAAUCAGGAUGCUAUUGAUGCUGCAAUUGUUGGAAUGCUUGCAGAUCCGAAGGAGGCAAGAGCUGGUAUUAGAGAGGUCCAUUUUCUUCCAUUUAACCCUGUAGACAAAAGAACUGCUCUGACCUACAUUGAUUCUGAUGGAAAAUGGCAUCGUGCUAGCAAGGGAGCCCCUGAGCAGAUAAUUGACCUUUGCAACUGCAAGGAGGAUGUCAGGAAAAAGGUUCAUUCAGUAAUUGAUAAGUUUGCUGAACGUGGACUUCGUUCUUUAGCUGUUGCAAGACAGGAAGUACCUGAGAGGACAAAAGAAAGUCCAGGAGCACCAUGGCAAUUUGUUGGUUUAUUGCCACUAUUUGACCCUCCCAGACAUGACAGUGCAGAAACCAUCAGAAGAGCUCUCAACCUUGGUGUCAAUGUCAAGAUGAUUACAGGGGAUCAGCUGGCCAUUGCUAAGGAAACCGGUAGAAGGCUUGGUAUGGGAACAAACAUGUACCCUUCCUCAUCAUUGCUAGGCCAAGACAAAGAUGCAUCCAUUGCCGCACUCCCAGUGGAUGAAUUGAUUGAGAAGGCUGAUGGGUUUGCUGGAGUAUUUCCAGAACACAAGUAUGAAAUUGUGAAGAAGCUUCAGGAGAAGAAGCACAUCUGUGGAAUGACAGGAGAUGGUGUGAAUGAUGCCCCUGCUCUAAAGAAGGCAGAUAUUGGAAUUGCUGUUGCUGAUGCUACUGACGCUGCCAGAGGUGCUUCAGAUAUUGUCCUCACUGAGCCUGGGCUGAGUGUCAUUAUAAGUGCAGUGCUAACCAGCAGGGCCAUUUUCCAAAGAAUGAAGAACUACACUAUCUACGCAGUUUCAAUUACCAUCAGAAUAGUGUUUGGUUUCAUGUUCAUUGCUUUGAUAUGGAAAUUCGACUUUGCACCUUUCAUGGUUUUGAUCAUUGCAAUCCUAAAUGACGGAACAAUUAUGACAAUAUCCAAAGAUAGAGUAAAGCCAUCGCCUCAGCCAGAUAGCUGGAAAUUGAAAGAGAUUUUUGCUACUGGCGUUGUUCUUGGAGGUUACAUGGCACUAAUGACUGUAGUAUUCUUCUGGGCUAUGAGCGAUACCAACUUCUUCUCCGACAAGUUUGGAGUAAGAUCAUUGAGAAAUAACAAACCUGAGAUGAUGGCAGCCUUGUACCUUCAAGUGAGUAUUGUGAGUCAGGCCCUUAUUUUUGUCACAAGGUCUCGCAGCUGGUCCUUCGUUGAACGCCCUGGACUUCUCUUACUCGGUGCUUUCCUUAUUGCUCAACUGGUAGCAACCUUCAUAGCUGUCUAUGCCAAUUGGGGGUUUGCACGAAUAAAGGGUUGUGGCUGGGGCUGGGCUGGAGUAAUCUGGCUAUAUAGUAUAGUAACAUAUGUCCCUCUUGAUCUUCUCAAAUUUGCAAUUCGCUAUGUUCUUAGUGGAAAAGCUUGGGACAAUCUCUUGGAGAACAAGACUGCCUUUACCACAAAGAAAGACUACGGAAAAGAAGAGAGAGAAGCACAAUGGGCUGCAGCACAGAGGACACUCCAUGGUCUUCAACCACCGGAAUCCAACAAUAUUUUCCCCGAAAAAAGUAGUUACAGGGAGCUUUCAGAGAUUGCAGAACAAGCCAAGCGCCGGGCUGAGGUGGCAAGGCUUAGGGAGUUGCAUACACUCAAGGGUCAUGUUGAGUCAGUGGUGAAGCUGAAAGGUCUUGACAUUGAUACCAUUCAACAACAUUACACAGUUUAAGAGCUAAGCCAAUGUCUUCAGAGAGGAGAAGGAGGCGUUAAUGGUGUACCCCAACAAAAUUACAACGAUGAUGAUGAUGAUGAACUUUGGUAUAAGUGUUUCUGUCUAGAAUAGGGUGAUAUUUCCUCACGCUAGAAAUUUUAGCUAUUUUUGAUUGUGACCUAAAGGCUGAGGAAACUGUUUUUCUUUUCAAGUACAACGAUAUAAAUUUACAUUUUCAUCUUCUGUUAUCUUCUUUAAUUAAUGUGGUUUGCUCUUUGCAUUAUCACCGUACAUAAUAGGACAUAAUGUUCUAAUUUUGGGGAUCGACUUGUCAUUGCAUUUACAACUCCUAUUGGGGUCGUAUGACUCUGUUACUUUCGAAAAAAAAAUAAAUGAUCUCUUUCUCA